UUAGCGGACGGUCGUGGCUAGUGGUUGGUGAUUAUGGAUAUUAAAUCGUCAAUUAACUGAUUUGGGAUUUAGAACCUAAGUUCAGUGUUUUUUAUAGUAACUAAUAAUGAAGCUUUGAAUGAAAGAAUAACAAUGUACCUAAUUAUGGGUGCCAUAAGUAAAUUAAGACUUCUUAUUUAAUCUUCAAAUUCACAAAUGGCUGCGGUUUUGCAUUUGAAAACGAACAAGCAUCCAAAACAUACAACGUACAGAAAGAUCUUUUAUCAUAGGUUUUUUGUUGGCCUGCUUAUAUUUAUUGUGGUCUCUUUAUUGUUUACUAUAGUGCUUAACAUAUUUGCUGGUAGUGGUCCUCGAAAGGAUUUCCAUGAAAACCUAAGAUUGGAUGUAGGGAAUUUGCCAAUUCAAGAACUGAAGAAUAACUCUCCAUAUUCAACUGCUCGAGCUGUUAACUGCACUUAUUGGAAUUGCUUUAACGUCUACAAAUGUGGGAGAGGAGGUCACGAUAAGAUAACGAUUUAUAUUUAUCCACUCCAAGAUUAUAGGACAGAAGAAGGAAAGCCAAUAUCUCAUUUUUCUAAAGAGUUUUAUCAAAUAUUAAAUACGAUUAAGCACAGCAAAUAUUACACUCCUAAUCCUAAUGAGGCUUGUUUAUUUGUACCUAGCAUAGAUACUUUAAAUCAGCACAGUUUUUCAAGUGUACAUGUAUCACAAGCUUUACAGUCACUGGAGUUUUGGAAUAAUGGAGAGAACCAUCUUAUAUUCAAUAUGGUCUCAGGAUCGCCUCCCAAUUAUAACACAGUGGUUGACCUUAACACCAGUGAUGCCAUUAUAGCAGGAGCUGGCUUCAGCACAUGGACUUUUAGAUACGGUUUUGAUGUAUCACUGCCACUUUACAGCCCACUAGCAUAUAGAAUAGAUAACACCCAACCGAAACAUAAGGAUUUUUUAAUAAUAUCUUCACAAACGAAUAUACCACAAGACUAUCUGUCCGAUCUGCAGAACAUUGCAUCGUCAUCUAAUGAUUUGUUAUUACUUGAUAGAUGUAUGAAUACAGAUGAUUAUACCAAAAGAUGUGAGUACACAACUGGUACUGUAUAUAACUAUCCCGAUGUAUUAAAGAACGGUUUGUUCUGCUUGGUUGUCAGAAGUGCAAGAUUAAUUCAAGCAGUAUUGAUGGAUGUAAUUGCAUCGCAAUGCAUACCAAUAAUAAUAGCGGACACUAUUGUGAUGCCAUUCAAUUCACAUGUUGAUUGGAACCGUAUUGCUAUAUUUAUACCCGAAGAGAAUAUAAAGAAUUUAUUGAAAAUUGUACAUUCUGUGAGCAAAGAGAGGCGAGGCGAAUUGUAUUGGCAACUAAGAUGGGUGUAUGAAAAGUACUUUGCCAGUAUGGAGAAGAUUACGUUGACAACUCUGGAAAUUUUAAAUGAGAAGGUUUUUCCUUUGUCGGCCAGAAUGUAUGAAGAUUGGAAUAUGCCAGAACAUUUGUACGGACCAGUGAACCCGCUGUUCCUUCCAGUGACAGCACCAAAGGCAGCAGGCUUCACAGCUGUCAUAUUGACGUAUGACCGCGUCGAGAGUUUGUUCACAUUGAUCAAGAAGCUGGUGAGGACACCCAGCCUAGCGAAGAUAUUGGUGAUAUGGAACAAUCAGAAGAAACCACCGCCGGCAGCAUCUGAGUGGCCAGUGAUUAGCAAACCGCUGAAGGUUAUACGAACUAAGGAGAACAAGCUAUCGAACAGAUUCUACCCGUACGACGACAUCGAGACCGAGUGCCAGCUAACUAUCGACGACGAUAUUAUCAUGCUGACUCCUGAUGAGCUGGAGUUCGGUUUUGACGUAUGGCGGGAAUUCCCGGACAGGAUAGUUGGGUUUCCGUCUAGACUCCACGUGUGGGACAACGUUACUAGCUCGUGGAAGUACCACAGUGAAUGGACCAAUCAGAUCUCUAUGGUGUUGACUGGUGCGGCCUUCCACCACAAGAUUUGGUCGUGGUACUACACACACAAGAUGCCAGUUGAGAUCCGAACAUGGGUUGAUGACAACUUUAACUGUGAAGACAUUGCUAUGAACUUCCUGGUAGCUAAUGUCACAAGGAAACCGCCAAUUAAAGUAGCACCCAGAAAGAAAUUCAAAUGUCCAGAAUGCACGAAUACAGAGAUGCUAUCCGCGGACGCUCGUUACAUGACGCAGCGUUCCGCGUGCGUGGACAGGUUCGCUAACAUCUACGGCCACAUGGCGCUCCGAUCCGUCGAGUUUCGCGCCGACCCUCUGCAGUAUCUGGAGACCAGUGUUAUACCGCCACUCUAUCCCAACAUAGGAGCGCUGUGAUGAGGUUGCCAUAAUCGUGUUGUUGAUUACAUACUCGGAGCAGCCAGUAAGAGGUACGAAGAACUGACACUUGAACAAAAAGCUAGUUUUCUAGUGAAUUACAACAAUAGUGUGACACUUUUGAAGUAAUAAUAAUAGUAUAAAGUUGAAAUACUUAUAUCCGUAUUGUGUUCUAUUCACAAUAUUACUUUGUUUAUUUUAAUAUUACAUAGUUUAAAUUAUGAUUUACCGGUGAAUUAGUUCGCCGGCUAGCCAUAAAAGUUCUCUUUGUUUUUAAUAAUGUCCAUGUUUAUAUGUUAUGGUUAAAAAUUUUGAAAUUAAUAGGUGUUUUGUGUGUUGUCGUCGUUUAUUGUGAAGUAGAUAAGUUUCUAUUUCGUCGGUGUUGUUUGUUUUAAUGUCUUUACUAUGUAAGAUUAAGGAUCUCCGCUGCGCUCCAACUAGAUACCGCAGGCGUAGUCGCAGAGUGUGGCAAUAAUACUACGCCCACGUGGGCGGCCACCUCGAACAAUGUGUGACGUUGACGUGCCUCAUGUUCUGUUAAACUUUGCUAAUAAUUGAAACUAAAAUGCCGGGUUGCGUAGUAAAACUUUGUAAAAAUAAUACUACAAGAAAUAAGAAAGACACUAAGAUUACCUAUCAUCAGUAAGUAUUUUUGUUGUAUUUUAUUAAUCUUAAUGUAAAAAUAACGCGAAGCGUAUGUUGCAAAAUUGGUGGUCUACCUUAACGUGACAUUGGCAAACUUGUGGUAUACCUUCCACAGGAGCCAUAGUAGGAAGAAUAGAAUAGAACUAAUAGUUGCCGUAUUAAAAAAGCUAUUGUUUUUAGGUAGUGCGGUAUCUAGUUUGAACGCAGCGGAGACCAAUCCUUAAUCUAAGUGCACUUUUAUUAUUUUGCUAAAUUUGACGUAUAAUAAUUAAAAUUAAUUAUAAAUGCGUCGGUUUCUUAGACAUUUGAAUAACGAUGUAAUUUGGCUUUUUAAAUAAUAUGAAAAAUUUGCAACACCGACAGAUCUCGAAGUAGCAACACACAUAGUUUGGGAUGUAUUGACAAUAAAUAUAUGAAAGGCUGUUCGCUGUUUAAAAGCGUCCCGCAAAUCAGGGUAAUGUAGUUCUAGCUAAUCUUGGGUUUACUUUCGUGACCAGAGCAUACCAGCUGGUGAGGGAAUGACACGGCAGUGUAAAAGGUAGAGAGAGAAAAUGAAAGCAUGAUUCCCUCACGUUGUAACAGAUGGCGUUGAAAUCAAAAUACUUUUUGUUGUUAUUUUAUACGUAUACUUUUAUGUACGUUGGGUUGUUGAUAUGUAUUUGUUAUAUUAUGAAUUGGUCGUCAUUAUAUUUUUGCAUUUUUCUAUAUUUAACUCUAAAAGUAUGUUUAAAAUUUUGUCAAAGUAAUAUUAUGCAUAUCAAAACUUUUUAGAUUCUUUGAACCACUAAAGUGAAUGUUUCGCAAUGUUUAAUAUUUUCAUCAUCUUGAAGAUUUUUUGAGUACAUAAUAUAUUCAUAAUUUUAUAUUAACUUGCUUAAGUUAUAGAUCAAUUUUAAUUAACUCUGUGCCAUUUUUUUAAUCUUAUAUUAAGUUGUAUCGGCGUUGUGAAGAGCAGAUUUUUAUUGCAUAUUUUUUAUAUUAAUACACAUUGUAAAUAUUUAUUUGGGGGCAGAAUAAGUUCAGUAAGUACUGAAGGAAAACCAUAUUGUUUUUUUUUAAACUAUUGAAUGAAAAUCUAAUUAGGCCGUGGUUUCAAGUUGAAAUUAACUUAAGUAGUUUAUUCAUACAGCGAAUAUACGGACUUUAAUGCCACAGAUAUACUCAAAACGGGGACAAAAAUCGUAACCUUAUAAUAAUAAACUUUAAAUUAAUAAGGACCCCAAAGAAAGUGGUUACUCACGUUUUACAUACAUAUUGUGUCUCUCGGCACGUGUCGGUUUGUUAUUGAUUUUGGCAAGGCAUGUCCAUAUUAUGACUUACGUAUUCACUGGACUUAUUAUGACUCUUUCCACUGCGGCUGAGAUCUAAAGAGCGUACUGAGACUUUGCUCAGAUAUUACAUACAUAAAUGUUAGCUUAGAUUUUGCUGAGCAUAAGAUAAGAGAGCCCAAUAGAAAGGUCGAGCGCGCGUGUCAUUUUACACAGUAUAUUGUCGAUUAUAUUUUAACAAACUUGCUACUAUUAAAUUAUAACAGUAGCAAACUUAUUUGAUUCAUAAUUUUAUAGAAAUAAGUGGAAAUCGAUGAAUGAUUUAUGUGAAAUACGGACUUGUUAACUUAUUGGGUAUGAGAAAAGGAACGCUUUUUUAGAUGCGUGACAGUGAUGGGUGACAGAGGACAGUGUAGUAUACGGGAAUUUUAUAAGUGUGUAAAAAUACGGACUUCGACUCAACUCGCUAGAUAAGUCUGAGUAAAGUCUUCAAGUUCGCUCUAUAAAUCUCAGCAUUAUACAUAGAAAUAUAUUUUGACAGGACAUGUCCACGUUAUGACUUACGUAUCCACUUGACUUAUUAUGUAAUUUUGUUCGAAUGUUUAUAAGUGUAAUAUCAUAUAGCAGCUAAUGAUCUCCGGUUUAUUAUAUUUUUUUAUAAGAUAACAUUACCUUUUUCACUCAAGAUCGGGCGUUUUGUUCUAGAGUCGACUAGCCCUAAAAAGUAAGCCUAAAUAGAAUAAAAAAAUAAAAAUUGGAAAUUUAUUGUGUGAAGUAAAAUUCUAAAUAAAUUUAAGUAGUAUAGGCGAUGUUAGUCCACUUCGACAUAUCGGUGCUUUUUGAUGAUUAUUCCUAAAGAGUAGACAAUUAUAAUUAUUAUGAUACGAGAAACGCACGGAAUGUAGCACUUAGAUAUUAUAGAUUGUUUAGUUUGCGGUAUUUUUGUAUCGUUCGCGUAUAAUAAUAAUAAUAUUGACACACUUUUUACACAAAUUAUCUUGCCCAAGUUAAGCAUCUAUAUAUAGCCUGUGUUAUGGGUUACAAGACAAUGAUAUAUUUAAUACAUAAUACUUACUUAAACAUACAUAAAUACAUUUAAACAUCCAUGACUCGGAAACAAACAUCUAUAUUCAUCAUAUAAAUGCUUGCACCUACCGGGAUUCGAACCCGGGACCUCUAGCUUAGUAGGUAGGAUCGCUAACCACUCGGCUAUACAGGUCGUCGAAUGGAUGUAUGGAUUUAAUUAUUUUUUAUUUGGCAGUGAUGAAUGUAGCUAUAGAUGGAGAUAUAAUAGUUAUCACUGUAUGUUUUAUUGUAGAAAUUCGUAGAAGUAUCAAUGAAAUAUUUUCAUUUUUUUUUUACUUUUUACUAUGAAAUGUAAGAAUAUAUUUAUGCAGUUAUUCAGUAGAAUCAAUGUAAUCACAAAAUUUACUAUUGCUUCACUAUCGCGUUUCAGCUGAGAAGAAGCCACAAGAAACUCAGUGAGUAAAAGAUUUAUUGUGAUUCCAUAAUAUAAUAACAGACACUCGACGUAAAUGAUUAAUAGCAAUCUAUUUCACUGCCAAGCAGCCUUAUGGUCUUUCAAACUGUAAUACGGCCUUAUAUUUCAAUUUACUUUAUAAUGUACUCCGUUAAUAGAGAUUAAAUUAUAUUUUUGUCAUAGAUAUUGUUGGUUCGUCCAUUUUUCUCUUUGUUGUAUUUGGUAUGGUGCGAUAGUUAAAUUAUGUAUCGUGGCGCAUAUAGUUAUUCCGUAAUAAGUACAGUGCUCCCAAAUUAAUAAUGCGCAUACAGAUCUUCGCUAAUGGGCGUAUUCCCGGAAACACCCGAAUCAUACAAUCGUCCCUAAAGAAUGCACUUGCAUUUUGCACCUUGUGCGGAAGAAAUAGGAGUCAAUUCAUGUGUUCACAAUACGAAAACAAAUCGGGCGGUCGGCUGUGGUAGCCGGUCAGUCAGUCGUCUUUAAGUAUUGGUGCCGACUGCACGUGUUCAGUCUAUGUGGAAUUAUAUAGAGCUCCUAUUACACACCCCUCUUGUUAUUAUUAUUGUAAUAUAAUUCUACUAAAUUAUGCAAAAGUAAUGCAUUUUACCACUCUAUAUAGAUAUCGUCUCCCGACGGUUGGGAAAUACGAGCGUUGCCGAAAAGUGGCGAAGAUCUGUAUGCGCACUAUUAAUUUGGGAGCACUGUAUAUAUUUACCACGUCAUAAUACUAGAUAGAUAGAAUAUUUAAUAAUUAUUUUACAUAAAAUAUUUUUUACUUUUAUAUCAAUUAUAUCCCAUAUUCUGUUUAUUACAUAAUAAGUACACUAGAUCGAAUUGCCAUUUAAAUCAUUAUUUAUUUAGCGUUUUUGUACAGUUUAUAGAUUUUAUUUCUAAGCAUAACUUUGCGUAUUUUUCAUAUUCAAUCGUAGCCAAAGAGUUCGUCGCCUAGUCUCGAAAGGUUUUUAUUAAAGAAAAAAAAUGUUUAUAGUGGGAGUUACCGACUAUAAAAAUGUCAGACUGAAAGAUUUUUAGGUUAUCUAACUGUUUAGUUGCGACUGUUCCCGCAUCUUUUUCUUUAUAUAUAUAAAAAUCCAGUGUCCUGAUGUUUGUUUCCAAUGACCUAUUAAACUAAUUAACAGAUCUUAAUGGGGAUUACUUCAUGGAGUGCAGUUUAGUCCAACUUGAGCGAUAGUAUAGUUUUUAUUUCGAUUUGGGACCCAUAAUUUUGUUUAUAUCCAAUAUUUGUUUUGUAUGGACAUAUAUUCUGUGAGAGAAUUUAUUGACGCACGGUUUGACAGUUUUGCUGUGAAUGAAUUUCAUUAUAACAACAAGGAGCAUAUUAUGUUACGAAAUAAUUAUUGAUGUUAUGGUAUAUUAUUGACAAAUUCAUACAAAACCGUAUUUUAUCUAUUAUGUACAGAACAACGUCUGUCGGGUCAGCUAGUUAUUAAUAUAAACCCGUAAAAACUUUUGUACUUCAGCAUAUAUAUUGCUUAUUCCCUAUAAUUAGUAAAACGCCUUCAAAAAUAUAAAUAUAACCCAAAAUUCUCAGUGACAUCGCAUUUUGCGCUCGUCAGUUUAAGAUGAUGUUAAGUCUCACUACGCCAGUUUUAUCAGCUUACGGCGACCUUCAAACGGAAACGCAAUAAUACUUUACCAGUGGGAGGCUCCUUUGCACAGGAUGCCGGCUAGAUUAUGGGUACCACAACGGCGACUAUUUCUGCCGUGAAGCAGUUAUGUGUAAGCAUAAUUAAUGUGUUUCAGUCUGAAGUACGCCGUAGCUAGUGAAAUUCCUGGGCAAAUGAGACUGAACAUCUUAUGUCUAAAGGUGACGAGCGCAAUUGUAGUGCCGCCCAGAGUUUUUGGCUUUUUCAAGAAUCCUGAGCGGCACUGCAGUGUAAUGGGUAGGGCGUACCAAUUACCAUCAGUUGAACGUUCUGCUCAUCUCGUCCCGUGGUGGCAUAAACAAAUACUUGCACAUUAUUGCUUCAAUUUAUUGCCAUGAGGUACCUAUUCUGUGUUUAAUAUCGCGGACUUUUUUUAAAAGAUGUAAUAAACAUAUCUUCGUAUGCCAUUGCCAUAACGUAUAACUAACAUUUAGGCAUAAUGGGAUCAUACUUGUAUGGGACUUUCGCAAUUAAACAGUUAAGUUAGUGUAACUGUAGUGUAGUGUAAGUGUAAAAUAGUGUAAGCUUAGUAUAUACUAGAUAUCGGAUAUACAUUGAGUUACAUUAUUAAAUGUUAUAAUUGUGUUGCGGAUAGGAUUUUGAAGUAAGAUCAAUAGAUUUUUCAUCGGUAGUAUUUUUUGUAGUGUUGAUAUGAAAAUAGUUGUAUUGAGUAAUUUUUUUUUAAUUUGCUUUACACCCACAGUGGCUUACUAGAAAAAAUACAUCAAUUCUAUAGAUUACUAGAAGAGUUUCGUUUUAUACUAUUUGAAUUGAAACUAUUCAGUUAGGUAUUUAAAUUAAUUAUUGAAACAUAUAAGACUCACUUGAAAAGUAAUGCCCCAAUACUGAUAAGAGCGGGCGUAACUCAAAAGAAAAUAUUUAUGUCAUGAAAUAGCUCGUUCACUCCGACUCCUAGGUGUGGUAAUAUCUAUGUUAUAAUAACAUUUACCACAUAAAUGUUUUUUUUUUUGGCAACACGUGUAUUUUAUUCAUCGAUCCUUACAUGAUUUAUACCUUUUAUUUUGAGCAAUGCACGCACACCAUCAAAAAAAUACAUACGAGUUGCGAGUGUAAGACGUAGCUUGUCACGCACACUAAAGUAAUUAUCCUGGCCUGUUUUCGUCGGUUGUCUAGCAGCAAGAGACUCCAUCUGGACGUAUAAAUUAUGUAAGGUUAGACAUUAUAACUCUGUACAAUUUGUUUUUUUUUUUUUGAAGUGAUAACCCUCACUUGUGGGAUUAAUUACACAAAUUAAACAUGAAAACAAAAUUUAUGAACGAUGCGAAACUCGAACCCGAAGCUUAUGCGUUCCGUGCGAGCGCUCUUUCAACUGAGCCAACCGUUCGAGUUACAUAUCGUUGAUAAAUCUUGUAGGCUUUUUCAACUCUCCGGUUGUCGCUUCACCUGCAGGAUCUACUUUACAGUUGAUAACCUGCUCAAGCCCAAUAUUUGCAUAUUAGGAAAUUGACUUGAGAUGUCGCCCUUUCAAAUCUAAACAAUUUGUUAUUUUUUUUAAAGGCAACGCGACAGGUUGCUUUUUCCAGUCCCACAUCGGUCAUAAAUUUUGUUUUCGAAUUUAAUUUGUGUAAAACUGUAGUCAUAUUUUAAAAGUAUAGCUUUAUGAUUAGUACACACAUAUCGUAUAUAGAUGUACAGUAACCAUUGAAGAUUGUUUACGAUAUGUUUUGAUUAUUCCCCGACUAUUGAGCAUUCGGUACCGCGCGCCCGCUUACCUCAGUCGGUUGAUUGAACUGUUUGUAUUGCGAAUAUAUAAUAAUAAUAAUAUUGACACACUUUUUUACACAAAUUAUCUUGCCCCAAAGUAGGCAUAUAUAGCCUGUGUUAUGGGUUGCAAGACAACGUUAUAUUUAAUACAAUAUACUUACUUAAACAUACAUAAAUAUAUAUAAAAAUCCAUGACUCGGAAAUAAACAUCCAUAUUCAUAAUAUAAAUGCUUACACCUACCGGGAUUCGAACCCGGGACCUAGGAUAUAUAGUAGUAGGGAUUCCCCGGUUCUGCCACCCGGGAAUAUGGCUCACUUGUUCGUGAUGCCUACUAAAAAAAAAGGGUUUGUUGUCUUCAUGUCUUCAAAAAUGUGAUCCUUGGCUGGGAUUUCUUUCUUUUCUGCUUGGGCACAUAUGCAGCAAAAUUUUUUUUUGACGGCCAUAUACAGUAUUUCAUACGAAUGUUUACCAAGUAUUGCUGCCGCUCCUGAGAGUGAGGAGUAGUUUUUCUGAUAUGACCUUUUUGCCCAGCACCCAUGAGCGACUCAAUGUCAAUUCCAUGAAUGUGUGAUAGAGGCAAUGCAAUUUUUUUUAUUAAUAUAAGGGACGAGACGAGCAGGACGUACAGCUGAUGGUAAUGGAUACGCCCUGCCAUUGCAAUGCAGUGCCGUUCAGGAUUCUUGAAAAACCCCAAAAAUUCUGAGUGGCACUACAACUGCGCUCGUCACCUUGAGACAUAAGAUGUUAGGUCUCAUUUCCCAGUAAUUUCACUAGCUACGGCGCCCUUCAGACCGAAACACAGUAAUGCUAACACAUUACUGCUUCACGGCAGAAAUAGGCGCCGUUGUGGUACCCAUAAUCUAGCCGGCAUCCUGUGCAAAGGAGCCUCCCACUGAUAAUUACCCCUAUCACAUUCGUUACUACGAUUAAAACGACAGUUUUGUGCUGUGUUUACUAUUAAUAUUUCAAACGUGAUUUUAAUAAAGUAUAUAAUAAAACAUCGUUGCAGAUGGAAACUUUUUUUUUUACUAGGCAUCACGAACAAGUGAGCCAGAACCGGUGAAUCCCUACUAUUAUCGAUGUAUUGAAACAUAUACAUAAACCGUUUAGUUAUGAGCAUUUUUAUUUCGUGUGACGCAAUAACGUUUGUAAAUGAAAUAACAUAUCAAAAUAUGACAAUAUCUAUUUUUAUCUUAGUAGUAUUCAUUUUUAUUGUUUCAACUACCUAGCAUAAUUUUAAUGAGAAAAUUCCGGCCCUUUACAAUGCAGUGGUCGUCAAGUAAAGUGAAAAAUAGUUUAUAAUAUUAGUCUCAAAUGGCAGCUAAAUGUUGUGUUUUACGGCCGUUCCCAACAUUCAGUCUUAUCUCUUACUUGAGAUAAAAAUCGUAACUAUCGUUGACUUAUCUGCCCCUAUAAACUUAUCGACGGUAACUCACCUUAUCCGUACACGCUAUCUGUCAAUGGGACGACGUAUAGCUUACCAGCGAUAGAAGUUUGUAUGGAAAUUGCAAUCCACGUCCCAUCCCAAUAUAAGGCGAUAAGAAUGACUUAUCGGGUAUAUUGGAACAGCUUCAGAUUAUUGACAGUAGAAGGUAGUAAUUUAUCUCUAUGUGUAGAUAGUAUAUUGGGAACGGCCUUUAGUGAGUCGUUAAAUUCGUGAUUUAACCGUCAGUGUUCAAUCGAAAAUGGUCCAUCCUCUUUUAUAAAAUUGAAAUUCAUAGAUUUUUUAUAUCGAAAGAUCUUUCAUAACCCGCCAUGUAUCGUGACUUUUUUUUAAACAGAUGUUACUAACAAAAAACAAAACUAGAAUAUACAUAAUGGUCAUAUAUCACAUUGGUGUACCUCUAGGAAGGACAUCCCAUCAUCAUAAGGGCUUAACCCUACUGCUGUCCCUGUCUCUCUGGGAUAUCAAUUCUCUAGAAGAGAAGAAGAGCUUCUCUAGUGAACUUUUCUCUUGGAGAUCUAAUGAUUGUUUAUAUGUGACAUUAAACUGUCUAGAAUCUUAAUCAUUACAGUUUAUAUAACUUUUUUUUGGUUAUUCACAUUCCUUUCUGGACGUAUGUAUGAUGAAAAAAAAAGAAAAUGGUAGCAUGUUGUAGAUAUAGGUGUAAGUGAGUAGUACUUAAUAUAUAGUUAACUCAUUGAGAUGUACAUCUUGUAAAUAGUUUAUUGUAUACUGUGAAUAAAUGAAGACAUAUCAAUUUUU